UCCUCGAGUGGGGGGGGGGGGGGGUUCUCUGUCAUUCAAUACAGAUGAAAUGGAACUUGGAGGAAGUUCUGCAGUCGCACACCGCUGCAAAUUCGACAGUGGGGAGCAACGCAUGCCAAUGUAGAAGUAUAGUUACUGUUGCACCUGCAAACCGAGAUACUUGCUCGCGAGAUUUCCCAUUCUACCAGAGACAUUGAACCUAGGUGCAGCCACCCAUCACCUUAGGAGAGAGCCCAGUUCUCAUUUCCAGCUUGUUCACGCAGUCUGGCCUGGUAGACCCCUUGAGAUGGCGAAUGCUUCCAACAGCACUUUCGGCUGCGACUAUGAGUCCUGCCCUCUCUUUCCUGUUUCCACCUUGAUCCCGGUGACAGUGGUCUGCAUCGUAUUGUUCAUCGUUGGAGUCACCGGCAAUGCGCUGACUGUCCUGAUCAUUCAAAGGUACAAGGACAUGAAGACCACCACCAACCUCUACUUGUCCAGCAUGGCUGUGUCGGACCUGCUAAUCUUCCUCUGUCUACCUUUCGACCUGUACCGCAUGUGGAGGUACAAGCCCUGGCUCUUCGGCGAUUUCUUGUGCAGGUUUUAUCAGUACAUCAACGAAGGCUGCACCUACGCCACCAUUCUACAUAUCACGGCCCUGAGCAUCGAGAGGUACCUGGCUAUUUGCCUCCCUCUCAAAGCCAAGGUGUUGAUCACCAAGCGGAGAGUAAGGUCAGUCAUCGCCCUGCUCUGGACUGUCGCCCUGGUGUCCGCUGGACCUUUCUUCUUUUUGCUCGGCGUGGAGCAAGAUAUGUGCAAGCACACCGAAUACGCUGUCAGCUCGGGGGUCCUCGAUAUUAUGAUCUGGGUCUCAACAGUCUACUUCUUCUUCCCCAUGUUUUGCCUCACUUUCCUGUACGGGUUCAUAGGAAGGAAACUGUGGAAAAACAAAAACAAUAUCAAGGGUCCGAAUGCUGCAAACAGGGAAAAGUAUCACAAGAAAACAGUCAAACUCUUGGCUAUAAUUGUCUUGGCUUUUGUGGUCUGCUGGCUACCUUUCCACAUUGGUCGAAAUCUUUUCUCCAGCCUCUCGAGGAGUAAGGGCCUUGACCUGUUCGUUUUCAGUCAGUAUUUCAACGUCGUCUGUUUGCUGCUGUUCUACCUCAGCGCCUCUAUCAACCCCAUCCUCUACAAUCUAAUCUGCAAAAAAUACAGAAAGGCGGUGCAUGAAUUGCUGUUUUCCCGACGGGUCCGCACGUGGUCAAUGUCCAGCAAAAGGGAUACCGCGGCUGACACCUUGGGUGGCACCGAGGCAAACACUAGCCUGUGA